UUCACGGCUAAGUCUUUGCACACGCUUUUCUUAUCAACACCCAUUCACACCACGCUUUCUUCAAGAACACUUAUCGAACAAGCCAUCAGGCUGACCAACACUAUCAACCAACAUGCGUGCUCAAACGUGGCACAGCCUUGCGCUGCUUCUAGGCCUCACCACUGCCCUGGACUUCGACACUCUGCUCGUCUUCGGCGAUCAGUUAAGCGACAACGGCAACGGCUCGACCGCCCACGGCCUGAAUCCCGGCAACAUCUACGGUCACCACACCUGGACCGAUGGGCCUGUGGCGGUGCAAUAUCUGAGCGAUCUUCUCGAUGUGCCGCUGUCGGAUUACUCUUGGGGAGGUAGUUAUGGAGGCGGCCUGGCCGGCCCCACCGUCGACAACAGCUACACCCCCGCCAAAAACCUGUACCAAGGCAAGCCAGUCCCGUCGACCAAAGAGCAGAUCACCAGCUUUCUCAAAGGCAAGCCGCCAUCCGACGGCGAGCCGGUGCCGGACGUCAAACGCUCCCUCGCUCUCGUGUGGGUGGGGCAGAACGACGUCAAAAAGCACACCAACUGGGGCGUCCGGCCGCCCACCCAGAUCACGGUGAACAACGCGCACAACGUCGACUUCUACAACACGUGGAGCGGCCUGCUCGUCACGCAAGCCGAGCAGCUCGCCAAAGCCGGCGCCGUCGCCGUCGUCGUGCCCAACAUCUACCCCCUGCACCUCGCGCCCGCCAGCCUGCUUUACUGGUGCAAGGGCAACAACGUGUGCACCAAGAACUGGGGCAAGGUGAUCCAAGCGGCCAACGCGAAGCUGGAAUCCUCGCUCGCGGCGUCAAAGUACAAGGCGCAACUCGUCUACUACGACGUCUUCGGCCGCAUGGUCAACAUCAUGAACAACAAGGACUCCUUCGGCUUCACCGAGCCGCUCAACUACUGCUGCGACGCCGGCAACGGCAACACGCUGCCCUGGACGAAGUUCAAGCAGUGCCAGUCGGAUACGAACAAGGGGCAGGGCAACUGGACGAAUGCGCGCCCGUUUUUCUGGUUCACGGCGGGGAACAUGGAGACGAAUGUGCAUCGCUUUAUUGCGGAGGAUAUGAAGGAGGUGAUUGAUGGGCAUGCUGCUGGCGCUGCUGCUUGAUUGGGUAUCUUUUAUCAAUGAGUCCACGACGGUUUGGUUUAUGUCGUUUAAUACCCAUCAAUAAAACCUGUGUUCUUUCAAGA